GCCAGAGUGAAAGUGAAGAGGUGACAUCCGAGAGUGCUGGAGUCAUCCUAGCCUGCACCCAACCCUGUCGUUGCUGCCAUUCCAUAUAUAGCUCCUGACAACUGUGUCUAGGGCUGGAACUUCCAGCUCUCCCCACCACCACCUCCUGUCACAUUUCUGCAUCUGAAGCCUAAGCACAGCUCUUGGCCCUGCUGUAGCCUUUGGACAUCCACUGCAACAGGAUGGCUGAGAAGCAGGAGCAGCCGCAAGCCUCCCAGAAUGGCGAAAAGGCUGAAAAUGCAGAGAACGCAGAGAACGCAGAAAACGCAGAGAAUGCAGAGGAGGCCGAAAAGCCACAGGAGCUGGAGGAACUGCCACCCUUCGAAAUUGUAACAGGGGAACGGCUUCCAGCCUUCUUUUUCAAGUUCCAGUUCAAGAAUGUAGAAUACAGUUCAGGCCGGAACAAGACCUUCCUGUGCUACAUCAUAGAGAUUCAAGGCAAGGAGUCAAAAACCUUACGGGGCUAUCUGGAGGAUGAACAUUCAGCAGCCCAUGCAGAAGAUGCCUUCUUCAAUACCAUCUUGCCUACGUGUGAAUCUGGUCUACGCUACAAUGUUACCUGGUAUGUCUCUUCUAGCCCCUGCGUCGGCUGCGCUGAGCAGAUAACUAAGGCACUGAAGAAGAACAAGAACCUGAAGCUCUCCAUUGUAGUGGGCCGUCUCUUCAUGUGGGAAGAGCCUGACAUCCAAGCUGCUCUGAAGAAAUUGAAGGCAGCUGGCUGUAAAAUGAGAAUCAUGAAGCCUCAAGACUUUGAGUAUGUAUGGAAGAAUUUUGUAGAGCAGGAGGAAGGUGAGGAACCUAAGGCAUUUACACCCUGGGAGGACAUUCAAGAGAACUUCCUAUAUUAUGAAGAAAAGCUUGCUGAAGUUUUGCACUGAGGUUCAAGGCCAGCGUGUGUGAAGUUUGCCAACCCUAUGGAGAGACAAACAUGAUAUACUUUGACAUCUGGGACUCCCCCUUCAGUCCUCCAGAGCUGCUUUGAAAAAGAAAAACAACACCACAAGUCUCUGGUUGACAUGUCGCCUUGCUGACUAAAAAUACAUUUAUUAUGCUGCAUGUAGGCAUUUGGUUGUUUGAAAUACAUAAACCUGCAGUGCUGCUGCUCACAUGGGAGGAAAAAGCAUUAUGAUAUGGAAUGAAGUUAACAAUCUGCAGUGCAAAGCUUUUCAUCACUGAAAACUUUAAGCAAAGAAGUCAAAGCACACCAAAGAGCUCCUUACCAAAACAAUAAUGCAAAUUAAAUAAGUUUAGCAAAUGUGGUACUCUUUUAUCAAUUCAGAUCUUCUUUAAGAGAGCAUAAAAUAAGUAUAUGUAGGUCCUGCUAUUCAGCCACUUGCUAUCUGACAAUUCACUUAGAAUUCACUUAGAAUUAUGCCCAAAUCUUGCUAUACACUCUGCAGAUUCACUUGUUUGAACAGUCGGCUUCCUUACAUGUCUACCCAGCAGGAAAUCCCAUUACAUUCAAUGGAAUUUACUUUCAAGUAAAGUGGUAUAGGAUUGCCGCCCCAAAGGUAAAAAACAAUGGUCCCAAUCCAGAAACGUGUGGCAGCUUGAGUCCUUCUUUUCAGCAUGGCCAUUCUUCCAUACCAGCUCCAGUUUGGGGAAACAUCUGAUGUACCUCUGAAGCAAAGCAAGGAACAGCUCAUAGGAGAGAGGGGUGCCAAAAUUCUGGUAGACCUACAUAAACCUUUCCAUCUACCUAAAGGGGUUCUCUAGUCUAGAAUCACAGAAUGUAUUACAAUAUGAUGAGAAAUGUGUAAUAGCAUAAACCAGGGGGUUCUCAAACUGUGGAACCAGUGUUCUGCAAGCUUCAUUCAGAUGGCCCAUGAUGUGUCUGUAAAAAUACAAUUAAAAUGCAUACUGCAUCUAGCACAGUGAGCUACAACAGGCAAAAAAAA